AAAAAAAAAGAAUAAAUUUGAGAUUUUGAAUUAGAAAAAAUGCAAUCAAGAGUGGGAAGCUUUGUGUUAUUGGAGGAAGAAAUGCAAAUCCCUCCACUCAAAAUGAUAAACCAACCAAACAAAAGUUUCCCUCCAAAACUAUUUCUCAUCUUGCUUCUGUUGGGAGGAUUCAUAGCGUUCUCGUAUAUCGGUACGUACACGUAUACGAGCCGUUACACCACCAUCCAUAGCUCGGUCCCGAUUUCACAGCCGAGGUUUCAAUUCAAAUGCUUUCAAGAAUUGAAGAAUUUGGGUAGUUGGAUUAGGCCUCCAUCUACACUUUGGCACGAAAUGAACGAUACCGAGCUCUUUUGGCGGGCGUCUUUCGUGCCUAAAAUCGAAGGGUACCCCUUCAAAAGGACCCCCAAGAUUGCAUUCAUGUUCUUGACAAGAGGGCCUUUGCCUAUGGCGCCUCUUUGGGAGAAAUUCUUUAAAGGGUACGAUAAUCUUUACUCGAUUUACAUCCACUCGUUGCCUUCGUAUCGGCCCAAGUUCCAACGCUCGUCGCCUUUUUAUGGCAGGCAAAUACCAAGCCAGGUUGCCGAAUGGGGAAUGAUGAGCAUGUGCGACGCGGAAAGACGCCUCCUAGCAAACGCACUCCUCGAUUUCUCCAACGAGUAUUUCGUCCUGUUAUCCGAAGCCUGCAUCCCGAUCCGAAACUUCACAACGGUCUACAACUACAUAACGGGCUCCCUUUACAGCUUCAUGGGCUCGUUCGACGAGCCCGGCCCGUUCGGGAGGGGCCGUUACAGCUUCAAGAUGUGGCCAUUGAUAAAACGCUCCCAGUGGCGAAAAGGGUCCCAAUGGUUCGAGAUCAACCGCCAGCUGGCGGUCGACGUUAUCAAGGACAGCAAAUACUACUCCACGUUCGAGAAGUUCUGCAGAGGGGACUGCUACGUGGACGAGCACUACUUUCCGACCAUGCUGACCAUGCAGUCCCCUCACCAGCUGGCGAAUAGGUCUUUGACCUGGGUUGACUGGUCAAGGGGCGGGCCCCACCCCGCCACUUUCGGACCGUACGAUUUGAGGGAUGGAUUUUUCGACCGGAUUGUUUUUGGCGGGAAGAAUACGUGCGCGUACAAUGAUGGGAGGACCGAUUUGUGCUAUCUAUUUGCUAGGAAGUUUGCUCCCGGUGCGUUGGAUCGUUUGAUGGAGAAUUCGUUCGACUUUUUCGGGUUUUAA